UCGUGAAAUAAUUUUCAUCGAUGCGAUGUGUUGUUAUAAACCAUCACUAAACGAGAGAAGCAGCAGCGGCGGCCAGCAGUGCUGUGUGUGUGUGCGUGUGUGCGCGACGAAAAAGUAUAAAUCGUAACGAGCAGAAGAAAAAAAACGUGUGAAAAUUUAUAGAAAGAACGACGCUAUCAUCCUUCGUCUAUUGUCGUCGUCGUCGUCUUCGUCGUACUCGUCGUUCUUCGUCAUUCGUUCGUUCUUCAGAUACAAUAACAACUACAAACAGCCAGAACAAGAACAACGCGCAAGUCAAUGCUUUAACUGAGCCUCUAACGGAUCGCAAUCAACAUCACAGAAGAGAAGAAUACCAAAAACAGAAAAGAUAAAACUAACCAAACGCUGGAUUACAAAAUGCACCAAGAGACGCGUAAAAAGUAAAAAAGGAGCGCCAAAAGCAAAUUGCAAACUGACUGUGCUUCUGUGUGUGUGAGCGUGUGCGUGGGUGUUCUGUGUGUGUGAGUGAGCUUAUGGAUAUUUGAGUAGAGCAGCAAGCGAGCGAGCGCGCACUCUCUCCCUCUCACAUUGACUUUGCUUUGGUGUGCUCUGCUGCUUGUGUAUUUAUAUAAACGUGUGUGUGUGUGUGAAUGCAGUAGCAGCAACUGAAGAGAAUCAAUUACAAACAGAGACUCUCACUCACUCUCGCGCAUCUCUUUUGUGCAAUUGGCAUGGCUGCAAAAAGCAAUAGCAACAACAAGGACAACAACAAUAAGGAUAUGCAGCUAUAAGAAUAUUAAUAGUAGAGUAAGCGCAAAGGAUUUGAAACCAAAUAGAAGAUAACAAUAACACCAACACGCCUAAGUAUAAGGAGCAUAACAAGAAAUAAUUGAGAGAGAAUUGCUAAUUGCAAAUUGCGACAAAACUCUUCCCACCCCCCGUAAAAAGGACACAACAAUAAAUAACAAAACACACAAAAAACAAAAGCUAAUAAUAAGCGCAGAUUGUUUGGUAAGAUGAGCAGUCUGUUGGAUGAGCUUGGCCAGACGCUGUCGCCAGCGACAAUUGAUGACCAACAGCAGCAGCAACAACAACAACGGACAUCGCUUGGAACAACACUAUGCGAUGAUUCGAAUGUAUCGUUGGUGUUGGAGGAAACGGAUGUGAGCAACACGAGCAGCAGCAGCAGUACGAGCAGCACAAGCAGCAACAGCAGCACGAGCAGCAGCUGCAGCAAUGGCUCCGUCUCCGGCACGGAUACGGAUACGGGCAAGGGGAGCAGCACCCUUGGCAGCAUUGAUGUCGCUAGCGUAAGUUCGUCUAGCAUUGGUUCGGCUGCAUCGAUUACAUCAUCGGUAUCAACGACCGCACCAUCAACGGCCAAUUCAUCGGGACUUGGCUUGGUGGUCGAUGUGGAUAGCAACAUUGGUAGCAGCCAGGAGCUGAGCCAUGGCUAUGACGCCAAGAGCGUUACGGAACUUGAUUCGCUGGAGGAUUCAUGCGGUUCCAUGCUUAAGGAUGCUGACAAGCUCUGCAAGUUAUGCAGUUCGCGUUUGGUUAUGCCUCGCAUUCUAUCCUGCUUGCACGUAUUUUGCGAGGAUUGCCUGCUGAAUCUGCUGGCAAGCAAGGAGGCCGUAUCCGCCAGUUCACCGGCUGCCUCACUCUCAUCGGCGGCCAGCUGCUCAUCGGCAUCGUUGGAUGGAAGCGAGCAUCGGUUGCACUCGUUACUUGAAUGCCCCGUUUGCAAGCAACAGACUCAACUGGACAACAAGGGCGUUAAGGGUCUGACCUGUGACUAUAUUGUGACCAAUAUAUUGGAUCUGUCCAAUCUCGAAUCGGAGCACAUACCGUGCACAUCAUGCAAAAGCAAGGAGGAGGCUAUUUCCCGUUGCAAUGAUUGCGCAAAUUUCCUAUGCAAUGGCUGCGAUAAUGCGCAUAAAUAUAUGCGAUGCUUUGAAAAUCAUCAAGUGGUCCGGAUCGAGGAUCUGCAGAAGAACGUGCAGAAUGAUAAGCUCAUCAUACAUAAGCCCAUAUGCUGUCGUCAGCACAUUAAUGAGAAUCUCAAGUACUAUUGCUUUACGUGCCAGGUGCCCACCUGCAAUGAUUGCCUGCUGAGUGAUCACAAGGGCAAUGAUCAUCAUUAUGAGACGGCAAACAUUGCCGAGCAGGCGGUUCGCGCCGAUAUGGAUCAGAUCAUCAAUGAAACCAUGAAGAAGGCAGAAUAUUGUAACGAUGCUGGCGGUAAUUUGAGCAGCGCUUUAACCGAACUCCAAUCCCAGCACGACAAUGUGCGACAACAGAUCGACGAUGCCUAUAAAACAUACAAACGAAUGAUUGAGUUAAUCCGUGAUCAAAUGCUUGCCGAAUUGGGACGUUUACAUUCGGAACGAGAGCUUAAGAUCAUGGAUCUGAUGCAAAGCCUUGAGAACAAUAUGGGAAGAUUGCAGCAGGCGGCCCAGUUCGGUCAACGUGCCAUUGACAAGGCCAAUGCUGUGGAGUUCCUACUGCUGAAGCCAGUGAUUAGUGCCCAGUGCACAUAUCUGAUGGAGCAGACGCCCCAAAGUGAUGCCAACUAUCAGCUGCAGUUCGAGUGCAUGCCAGAAAAGUUUGAGCGUUUUGCUCGCGAAAUGUUUGGCAAAUUCCGCACCGAAUCAACAAAGACAUCGGGACAUGGAUCAUUGGGAUCAGCAAUAGCUGGAGGUAACAUGUUGACCACAUCGACGCCAUCACCGACGACCACGCCCAAGCAACAUACACCGCCACCAUCGAAUUUGGCACCUGGUUGUCACGGCGGUCAUGGUUUGUUGCCCGCAGGAGGACGCAGUCUUUCUGGUGCCGGAAACGGUGCCAGCAGCAGCUCCGUUCAAGGACGUCUUAGCUCAGCUGCUGUAUUUAGUCCUUUAUCAUUGCCAUCAUCGCUGCAGAGCUCAUUCGAUGGCGACACCUCGGUGAUGACCAAUUUUUCAAUGAUGAGCACAUUGCCACCAGACUCACCGCCACAGUUGCCGCCGCCACUUCAGCAACAGCAGCAGCAGCAGCAGCAUCAACAACAGCAGCAGCAGCAUCAACAACAGCAGCAGCAGCAACAACAACAACAACAGCAGGCGUUGCAGCAGGUGCAACAGCAGCAGCAGCAACAACAGCAGCAACAACAGCAGCAGCAACAACAGCAGCAGCAGAAGCAACAACAACAACAGCAGGUGUUGCAUCAACAGCCACAAUCGUUGCCCGUGGCACAACAAAUUUCCCAGCUGGUGACACCCCAAGGCAUUGUUCAGGUGCAACAAUCGAGCGGACAUGUUAAUCUCAAUACUGGUUCAAAUAAUGCCACUGUUGGCAUGGGACUAGGCGGCCUUAAUGGUCUGGGCAUGAAUGCUGGUGGUCCGCCACCUCCGUUCAGCAUGCUCGAGUAUAAUCUAUCGCGUUUGGCCAGCCUAACUGAGAAUAUCCCGGAUACUCUAACUGAUGCUUUAAGCGUUGGCAAUACAAAUGCGGUUGCUGUUGCCUCUGCUGCCGGUGCUGGCGGUUCGUCCUCCCAUCAUCAGCAGGCGGUCAUACCCGCAUCGUCCGUAACGCCCACUCAGCCCAUCACAUUGGCCGACAUUCUGUCCGGGGAUCAACGUGCGCUCAACAAUCUGCAAGCUCUGGCAAAGCUGGGACUCAACAACAAUGAUGAGCAUCACGAUUUGUUGUCGUCGAACGGAAGCUCAACGUGCCUUGAUUAUAUUUUAACAGAUUUCUGCAUGCCGGCAGCAACAUCGCCCAGCCUGCAGACAUUAAAUCCAAUUGUGGGCGGUGUCGAGGAUAUGAGCCUUAAUAAUUUCCAUGCUGUUGCCCCACCUGGCACCACAAGUGUUGUAACUGGCCGCAACAAGGCCACACCGAUGCAGAUACGUUGCAAAUUUGGCUCAUUGGGCACGGCCAAAGGACAAUUUAAUUCACCACAUGGCUUUUGCCUGGGCGUAGAUGAGGAAAUCAUUGUUGCCGAUACCAAUAAUCAUCGAAUUGAGGUCUUUGACAAAAUGGGCGCACUCAAAUUUCAAUUUGGCGUUGCCGGCAAAGAGGAGGGACAACUCUGGUAUCCACGUAAAGUGGCCGUCAUGCACAAUAAUGGAAAGUUUGUUGUGUGCGAUCGUGGAAAUGAACGUUCUCGCAUGCAAAUCUUCUCCAAAUGUGGACACUUUAUGCGCAAAAUUGCCAUCAGAUAUAUUGAUAUUGUGGCUGGACUGGCUGUCACCGCCAAAGGUCACAUUGUGGCCGUCGAUAGCGUCUCGCCGACCGUCUUUGUUAUCUCCGAAGAGGGCGAACUCGUCCGUUGGUUUGAUUGCAGUGAUUAUAUGCGCGAACCCUCCGAUAUAGCCAUAAGAGACAACGAUUUCUAUGUGUGUGACUUCAAGGGACAUUGCGUGGCCGUUUUCCAAGAGGACGGCACAUUCCUCUAUCGCAUUGGCAACGAGAAAGUCACCUGCUUUCCAAAUGGCAUUGACAUAUCUAACGCUGGCGAUGUACUCAUCGGCGACUCACAUGGCAAUCGCUUUCAUGUCGCCUGUUACUCACGUGAAGGCGCUCUUCAAUCCGAGUUCGAGUGUCCACAUGUUAAGGUUUCACGUUGCUGUGGCCUUAAAAUCACCUCCGAGGGCUAUGUGGUCACAUUGGCCAAGAACAAUCAUCAUGUGCUCGUCUUGAACACCCUCUAUGUUCACUGAUUGCAAAUCAAAGCGCGCAACAAUCGUCCAGCUGUCGAUAUGAACAAAUAUAACUAUAAAUACUCUUCGGGCAAGAUUUACGGAUGUCGCAGGCAGCAACAGCAGCAUCAACAAAAGCAGCAGCAGCAGUAGCAGCAGCAACAUCAACAUCAACAGCAGCAACAACUGAAACAACAAAACGGAGCAGCAGCUUAUGCCACAAUAAAAUUCAAGCUUAAACGCUGACUCUUGAAAGGUAAAGCUCUCGAUCCAAAGGCAACAACUCUGAAUAGGCAAAAGAAAAUAGAUAAGCAAAGAAAACAACCAAAAAAAAAAAAAAGAUAUAAUACAAAACAAAUAAGAACACGAAACGAUGGCAACGAGCGAAUCAAAUCUCGAACACUUACAUAUAUCUAUGAUGAAUAUGAAAAUUCUUUUAAGAAAAAUGUUGUGCCCCCGUACAAGAAAGAACAACAAAAACAAGCAACAAGAAAAUGCAACAAUACUAUUUUUGAUCUCUAAUUUAAAAGCAACAACAAAAACAAAACAAAAAACAAUUAGCGCUACUAAAAACAACAAAUCUAUUAAACAAAGAAUGGAAGAAGAAGAUGCAAAAACAAACAAACAACUUUACUUAGUGUAAAAACAAACAACAUUGAAAAGAAAAAGUACGAAAAACAUUACUUCAAUUAUUUUUAACACGUUUUAAGAAUGAAAAAGAAAAUGCUCUAAUUUUAUUUUUGUUUAUAUUUAUUUUAAUUACGUUCUUGUUAAAAAUUGUCCUUGAACACAACACGAAACACUUAAUAACACACAUGAUACACACACUCACAGACACCUUCAAUUCUACAUGUUACUUAUUAUCUAUGUAUAGGCAUAUAUAUUGUUAUAUUGACCGAUUAGCUUUUUUGUGCAUACCCUUCCAAAUUCUUUUAGAGACAAAAAAAAAACCAAAACGAAGUACGUAUAUGUGUAUUUACAUGCCUAUGUGUGAAACGUGACCGUUUUGUUCACAUUUCCCAUAGUGGCCAGGAAAACCCAGUCAGGAGAAACUUUGUUGAUGCUUCGUAAAGGCAAUAAUUAUUACCAACAACUGCAACAAAAUACAUGUAUCUUUUCGAUAUUCAAAGAAAAAUCAUUUUCCUUACCGCUGAUAUCUAUACAUACAUACCUAAUAUCUUAAACAUACCUAUAUGUGAAAUCCUAUGACUUUGCCAUAUAUAUAUGUAUAUACAUAUAUAUAUAUAUAUAAAACAAACGUAUAAACUGUGUAUAUGUAUAUGUACAUACGAACAACAAUAACAAGAGCAUAUGUAUCUGUGUGAUGUGUCUGUGUGUGUGAAUGCGCGUGCGAGUGUGCGUGUGUUAUAUAUGUUUUCAUUGUCGCGUUGUGCGUGUGUUAAAAAAUAACAACAACAAAAA